ACUACUCGCUUUGCUGUCCCGAGACAGAAUGAUUUUCUCCUCGAUAUUAUUUAAGACAUUUCUAUAUACGAGGUCUUGCUAUUAAAUAACGAGGCUGGUUACGAAAAUGGUUUUAUUAUAAAAAUUUCUCUACAAUCGAAUGCUCUCCUUCAGUAAACUCGCUACACUCCUUUGCAUACGUUUGUUCCAUUGAUCAAAGCAGUGCUGGAAGUCUUCUUUGGUGAGCGCCUUUAGGAGCUCUGCCGUUUUUUGCUUUACCGCUUUCCCUCGACCCAAAUCGGGUCCCUUUCAAAGCAGAUUUUAUCUUCGGAAACAAAAAAAGUCGCACGGUGUCAAAUCUGGUGAGUAUAGCGAGUAUUAGAGCACUGGAAUGCGCUUACUGGCCAAAUACUGCUUCACAGAUAGCGCGUUAUGGACAGGUACAAACUUCACGGGUGUUCUUUCACAACUCGGGCACAACUAGUUAUCGCAGUGUUGCCAAAACUGACAAAUAGUAAAUCUCACCCGUCUAGGGCGCCCUCUAGGUGCGCAGUCUCGUUAUUUAUUAGCCAGACCUCGUAUAAUAGUUUUUGCCGUUGUACAGCUAAUAUAAAUAGAUAUAUUUUCGAUUCUUUUCGAAUAAUCUCGGCAACUUCGUACAAAUGAGCAGAUCAUAGCGACACAUAUUUACAAUAGACUUAAGUUGUUAAGAUCGUUAUGUUUCAAGUAUACAGUACAAAAACUGUAUUUACAGUAGCUUAGACAAUAUUCCAUCGAUAAAUUUCGUUUAAUUAAUUACAAAUCAUUACUGAGGAAGUACUAUCUUGAGAAAAUUGACAACGGAAUAUCACAAGAAACUGUUAUAAAGAAAUGGCGUUAAUAGAUCAGUUAUUUCCAAACGUUCACAGUGCUUUAGAAACGAUAUCUAAAAAAGAAAAUUUUACUGAUUUCGUGAUAACUUACUGCGAUAAAAUAGAAAAAGGACAAGGUUUUAUGGGGGACGUUUUUUUCUUGAACAUACAGGAUAAAAACAGUAAUAAGAAAUUGGAAUUGGUCGUGAAGCAGUCAACAGAUUCGGAGUAUGUUAGGAAUAAUAUACCGAUACAUAUUCUAUAUAAUAAUGAGAGUAAUUUUUACGAGAAAAUUUGGCCGACAUUUAUCGAUUUCCAGAAAGAAAAUUUAAAAACAUUGAUAUUCAAUAAUUUACCGAAGUGUUAUGCAACAGAUCUAAAACCAGGGAACGAAUUUUUAAUAUUGGAAAAUUUAAACAAGCAUAAUUUUUCUAAUAUAGACAAAAAUCACUUUUUCAACAGAGAGCAGGCUGAAUACAUCCUUAUAAAAUUUGGUCAAUUUCACGGUCUGUCGUUUGCGUAUAAAAAUAAAUAUCCAAAAGAAUUUUCAGCAUUGAGCCAAGUAUUAAUACCUUACUGGAUGAUACUGUCAAACAUAGAUUUAUUCCAAAGCUUAAUGAAGAAAGGUUUUACCGAAUGUUUACGGUAUUUAGAUCCCUCCACUGAUUUAAAUAUCAUAGAAAAAAUUAAGGGAUAUGUAGAAAACGGGGUAGCUAUAUUCCAAAAUUCUGUUACAUACAAUGGAAACAACGGUGUUAUCUUACAGGGAGAUUGUUGGAGUAAUAAUAUAUUUUUAAAAUAUAAUAAUAUAGGAAAAUUAGAAGAUAUGAAAAUGAUUGACUUUCAAAUAUCAAACGUUGGUUCCGUUGUACACGAUUUAUCAUACUGUUUGUAUGCAGGUGGUAGUAAAGAAAUUUUCGAUAAUUUCAAUCACUACCUUAAAAUUUACCACGAAAGUUUAAGCGAUACCUGUUUAAAAUUCAGUUGUUCGAAUUUCAUAUCGUUAGACGAAUUGAAAGAAGAAUGGAAAAAUUAUGGACGGUGUGGAUUCAUACUUGGGAUAAUAUUAAUCGACAUCAAAUUAUCGGAAAAUGUUUCGUUAGAUGACAUGGCAAAAAUGAAUGAUGAGGGCGUACAAAACUUUAGUCAAGAUGAUGCCCAAACUAUCAAAAGAAAAUUAUUGGAAUUAGUUAACCACAUGUUUGAAAAUGAUUUUUUGUAAUUAAUACAUUUUAAUAGAUUAAUUAAUAUAAUUAAUAUAACCAUGCUGUUGGAGGCCACUAGUUAUAACCAAAAAGUCUGAAAUUUUUUUAUAAGUUGACUAAUUCAUAUAAGAAAAACUUCAGAAGUCUAUCGAUUUCUCAUUAUUUCAGUCUGUGAUGAAAAUAGAGGAAAAUAAAAAAUAUUACACUGUAGGGUAUGGAGUUUUUUUCGAUAAAAAAAGGUCCCUUGUAAUUAUAUUCUAAAAGCGUAUGACCCUGAUAACUGUGAAAAUUUUCUUCAACUCUCAAAUAAGUCAAGUGAUGAAUUUGAAAGUGAAAAAUCAGAUUCCAAUUCCAAAAUAAUUCUGGAAAUUUUUUUUGACUCUGAGAAAUCGAUAGACUUCUGAAGUUUUUCUUAAAUCAAUUAGUACACUUUAAAAUACUUGUAAAAAAGGUUUCAAUGUUGUAUUACAAUUUUUCAUUCUAAUUAAGCCGUUUCCUUUCCAGGAGACCUUUCCCUUUGCUCCUAUAACUGUUAUCUUUAUUCCUUCAUAUAUUUUUCUCUUUUUCAAUCUCCUUUAUAGAGGGGAUAAUUUUAGUAUAAAAUGUAUAUUAAUUGAGUUUAAAAUCACUUUCCAUUUGUAGACACUGUAAUAUUUGUAAGACAAUUAAGAUUAUCCCAAAUAAAUGGUAAUUAUAAUAUCAA